AUGACAGGAAGCACGGCCAAAAACCUAAACAUCAAAAUCGGAGGAUGCCCCGACGCCGUCUCCGUCUGCCGCUUUCCAUCGGGCCAGAAUGCCUCUAUAGAGGCAGCCUUCACCCCUCGGAGCUCCUUCCAAAAAGCAACAGUAAAGCUGGCUGCCUCGGUAGGUGUAAUCGACAUUGAUUUUCCAAUGAAGUUUCCCGAGGCAUGCAGCCACUGGGGACUGAAAUGCCCGGGGAAAGCUGGGUUGCCGCAGACGUUGAGAGGCGAAGUCUCUGUAGAGAGUUCCUACCCCAAGAUCAAAAUUGAAGUAACACUGCAGUUGUUUGAUGACAAGGGAGAAACGUUAAUUUGCAAGUCGUUUCCGGCGGAGAUCAAGUGA